CAAUCAUCCUCAAAGCACUCUCUCUUGUCUCUCUGCGACUCACAUUCAUCAACUCUCUAGCUAUGUCAACAUCCGAGAACAAAGUUGAAAUCGUGGACAGAGGCCACAAGGAAGAGGAAGAAAAAAAAGAAGAAGGCAAAGGAGGCUUCCUCGACAAAGUCAAAGACUUCAUCCACGACAUCGGUGAAAAAAUCGAAGAAACCAUCGGCUUCGGUAAACCAACAGCCGACGUCUCAGCCAUCCACAUCCCAAAAAUCAACCUCGAGAGAGCAGACAUCGUCGUAGACGUCCUCGUCAAGAACCCCAACCCAGUCCCCAUCCCUCUCAUCGACAUCGACUACUUAGUCGAAAGUGACGGUAGAAAACUCGUCUCAGGCCUCAUCCCCGACGCAGGAACCAUCAAGGCACAUGGAGAAGAGACAGUCAAGAUACCGUUGACUUUAAUCUACGAUGACAUCAAGAGCACUUACAACGACAUUAACCCCGGUAUGAUCAUACCUUACAGGAUCAAAGUUGAUCUCAUCGUCGACGUGCCUGUCUUUGGGAGGUUGACGUUGCCUUUGGAGAAGCGUGGUGAGAUUCCUAUCCCAAAGAAGCCUGAUGUUGACAUCGAGAAGAUUAAGUUCCAGAAGUUUUCUUUGGAAGAGACUGUUGCGAUUCUCCAUGUGAGGCUUGAGAAUAUGAAUGAUUUUGACUUGGGGCUUAAUGACUUGGACUGUGAGGUGUGGUUGAGUGAUGUGAGUAUUGGGAAGGCUGAGAUAUCUGACUCUAUUAAGCUUGAUAAGAAUGGGAGUGGGUUGGUUAAUGUGCCGAUCACGUUUAGGCCAAAGGACUUUGGUUCUGCGCUUUGGGAUAUGAUACGUGGUAAAGGGACUGGGUAUACUAUUAAGGGCAAUGUGGAUGUUGAUACUCCGUUUGGUGCUAUGAAGCUUCCUAUUAUUAAGGAAGGUGGUGAGACUCGUUUGAAGAAGGAAGAUGAUGAUGACGACGAUGAGGUUAGUAUAUGUUCUUCUCUGCUUAUAGCUUGA